CAUGAAUAUAUUGUAAAAAAAAACACAUUGGGAGUGAGACCUCACCUUGAUCCAGCGAACGUGGAUUUGUGCUUAGGGCAAGAUCAUCGUUCACAAUUAGCGAUCUUUGAUGAUAUCACUUUUUCCCCUUCAUUGAAGCGACUCAAGCUCCUUUUCUCACUCUGCGGCUGUAACACUCAACGAAGUUGCUCUCCCAGCUGAGCCUAGGCUAACAUUCAUCUUUGUAAGCUUUUACUUAGUUUGUAUAUUGAAUUUGAAAGGAAAAUGUGUGUUUUGUUUUUGGCGAACUUUUUCCAUGGUGCUAAUCUGUGGAAGCUACUCACAUGGAAAAAUCUAAUUGUACAACAUUUUAAAUGUAUUCAUUUUGUAUAUUAAACUUACCACGAUUUGAGAGCUCAAUAAAUUGAAGAACAGUACGCCUCAUGUUUGGAGUAAUUGUUUUUGGGUUAGCUGGCUGUGUAGCCGAUAGCUCACUCUCACACACAGCAACAAACGGGAGGGGGUUAGCGCUGCUGCGCCAAGCCGCUUCUGGCUGCAUUUUUGACACAAGAAAAAUAGCGAAUACCGUCCUACGGUCUGACGGAAAAUUUGAGUGGUUUUGAAACCGCGACGUUUUCACACCACGGUAAACCGUGAAACCGGUAACCGGCACAUGCCUAAUGACGCGACUGUUUCAUUUUUAAAUGAUGACAAUGGUGACGUUAUAUAUUUUAGAGCAGGGGUCUCCAAACUACUGCCCGCGGGCCGGGUGCGGCCCGACUCCACAUUUGGUCUGGCCCGUGUUACUGUCUCUCUUCCCUUCACUGCCGUGUACACGAGUCACUUUUUCCUCCUUUCACUUCCGUGCGGUUCGUUCCUCAAGCUGCCGUCCUGUUUAAUGGAAAUCCAAGUGUUGUGUGUGAAUGAGAGAGAUGAGAGUUGCUCUCAGUUCUUUCCGCAUCCUCAGUUUGCUCAUCCCCAGACGGUUGGAAAACCUGCAGAGAAGGGGCUUGAGCGCCGCGCCUAUGCGUCUGGUGCAGUUUCAUCGCCUCAAUGAUGGGGGUGUUAGAGUGGGAGUGGAACAGGGCGAAGGCCUCGAUGUGGUUGACCUGAAGGCGUUCGACCCCUCCGUGCCUUGCACGAUGAAAGAGCUUCUGGAGAUGGGAGACGAAGGGCUGGAGCGUGCACGCAGGGCAGUCUCGUCUGGCCAGUGCGUGCUGAAGCGCUCCGACGUCAGACUCUUGUCUCCCAUUUUAUCCCCGGAGAAGUUGGUGUGUGUGGGUCUGAACUACCGGGACCACUGCCUGGAACAGAACGCUCCUAUCCCUAAGGAGCCCAUCAUCUUCAACAAGUUCCCCAAUGCCAUUACAGGACCCUUCCAUGACAUUGUUCUUCCUUCGGAGAGCCAGGUGAGUUAA